CUCUUCGCCAACUUUGCCCUUCGCCGCGAAUAAUCUCUGAGUCGAAAUGGGAACCAACAUUAGCGCAAUUGUGUUGUCUCUCCUCGUUUCCACAUUGUUAUUCUCUCUUGUGUCCUCUGCAUCCAAUGAUGGCUUGCUUAGAAUUGGACUGAAAAAGGUGAAAGCGGAUCUCAACACCAUGACGGCUGCACAGCUUGAUUCCAAGAAGGCAGAGGCUUUGAGAGCUUCCAUUAGAAAGUAUCAUCUAGGUGGUGAGAAUCUUGGGGACUCUGCGGAUGCUGAUAUUGUUUCGUUAAAGAACUACUUGGAUGCUCAGUACUAUGGUGAGAUUGGAAUUGGUACCCCUCCUCAGAAGUUCACUGUCAUUUUUGACACUGGAAGCUCGAAUCUCUGGGUCCCGUCAGCAAAGUGCUAUUUCUCCAUUGCUUGUUAUUUCCAUGCCAAGUAUAAAUCAAGCCAAUCGAAAACAUACAGGAAAAAUGGGAAACCUGCUUCCAUUCAGUAUGGGAGUGGAGCUGUUUCAGGUUUCUUUAGUUAUGAUGAUGUCAAAGUAGGUGACCUAGUUGUAAAGGAUCAGGAAUUUAUUGAGACAACUGGGGAGCCUGGUGCCACAUUUCUGCUUGCCAAGUUUGAUGGGCUACUGGGGCUUGGAUUUCAAGAGAUUUCAGUUGGAGAUGCUGUUCCAGUAUGGUACAACAUGGUUAAGCAAGGUCUUGUCAAGGAACCUGUGUUUUCCUUUUGGCUCAAUCGUAAGACAGAAGAAGAAGAAGAAGGGGGUGAAAUUGUGUUUGGUGGUGUUGAUCCAAAACACUUCAAGGGAAAGCACACGUACGUUCCUGUAUCACGAAAAGGAUAUUGGCAGUUUGACAUGGGUGAUGUUCUUAUUGGCGGUAAAUCGACUGGAUACUGUGGUCGUGGCUGUUCAGCUAUUGCUGAUUCUGGAACUUCUCUGUUGGCUGGUCCAACGACUGUAAUUACCAUGAUAAACCAUGCCAUUGGAGCCUCUGGAGUUGCAAGUAAGGAGUGCAAAGCUGUGGUUCAACAGUAUGGACAAAACAUUAUAGAUUUGCUCUUGGCACAGGUGGAAUCUAAGAAGGUCUGCUCCCAAAUUGGAUUGUGCACCUUUGAUGGUACUAAAGGUGUAAGUGCUGGCAUUGAGAGUGUGGUGGAUGAGAAGAAUGGCAAGUUUUCCAGCAUUCUUGGUGAUGCCUCGUGCUCUGCUUGUGAGAUGGCAGUUGCGUGGAUGCAAAACCAGUUAAUGCAAAAUCAGACACAAGAGCGCAUAUUGAACUAUGUCAAUGAGCUCUGUGACCGAAUGCCAAGUGCUAAUGGAGAAUCAACUGUAGACUGUGGAAGCCUGUCUUCGAUGCCCAAAAUUUCUUUUACCAUUGCUGAUAAAGUCUUUGACUUGCGACCAGAGGAGUACAUACUCAAGGUGGGUGAGGGUGCUCAAGCUCAGUGCAUCAGCGGGUUCACUGGUCUGGAUGUUCCUCCUCCUCGUGGACCUCUCUGGAUUUUGGGAGAUAUCUUCAUGGGUAGGUAUCACACCGUCUUUGAUUAUGGCAACCUAAGAGUUGGGUUUGCACAGGCAGCAUAAGAUAGCCCUUUUUAAAAAUAAUAAUCUCUGUUUAUUAUCUGUUGUGGACCUCUGUAAACAUGAUGAGGUUGAUGGGUGGAAUGUUUUGGUGUUUGACCUUUGAAUGAUAACAGUGCCUGUAAAUAUGUAUGUUUGGAGUUUGGUUGUCCCUUUCUACCAAUACAUAUUUAAAAGAUGGAGUUGGAAUGGAGGUACCUUAAGCAGUGCAUUAUAUUAUACUCUUA